AUGGCGACUGAAAAUCCACCCAUCUUCCGGGCCGUUGCAACGUCCACGCGGCCUUUGUACCAACUCCUCCGCUGCAUCGACUUUGCCCCAAGAGUGCACGUUCAAAUCACUGAGCAGGGUAUACGUUUUACGGCGGACCUCUCACGUGUGAUGCAAGGUGUUUCCUUUCUUGGUUCCGAUCUCUUUUAUUCUUAUACCGUUAAUCUACCGAGGGAGGAGGGUGAAGAAUCACCUACGCCUGUGAACUUUCAAAUCCCUCUCGGCUCUCUCCUGGAAGUUAUCCAGAUUUUCGGCGCCGUGGACGUGGCGACACGAGCACAGAAGGCAGAUCAAGACUCUUACCGAAGUAAUUUCCGCAAUUAUCGCCCUGAUGCUUUCAGUAACCAUGCUCUCGGCCUAGCUGGAACAUGCACUUUUCUGUACACGGAGGAGGGAGAUUCGUUCAAGAUUACCAUUGAGGAAUCGGGCGUUAAGACCACAGCCGCACUUACGACAUACGUCCCUGAGAUUCCUGAUGAAAUUCCCUUUGACCGCGACGACAUGAGCUUCAAGAUUAUAAUGCAGGCACGCUCCCUUCUUGAUUCUUUGUCGGAAAUUACGCCGACCAGCCCUAGCAGAUUGACCAUCACGGCGUCCAGGGGAUCACCAUAUCUGUCUUUGGCGGGUGUUGGGGAUCUUGGCAGCUCGGCCGUCGACUUUGCACGCGGGAGGGACCUGAUGGAGACCUUCAGCAUUCAGGAACGGUUUUCGCAGAGUUACAAGUUCGAUUUCAUAAAACACUCUACUGAAGGGAUGCGCAUUGCAAGCAAGGUCAGCCUUCGUGGAGACCGACAGGGUGUUCUCAAUCUACAGCUCAUGGUAAUAACAGAGGGGGACAAGCACAGCUUCUUGGACUUUCGGUUUGUGCCAUUCAUCCAGAAUGACGGGGAUGAGGACGGCGGAGAGGAAGACGAGGAAUUGUAA